CGAACACACAACCGGCACACAUUACGGGACGGACGGAACAGAAAGAAGCGAGCGUCGAAAGAAUUUGGUUGCGAUCAACGAUUCUUCUGCGGCACCAUGGGCGAUAUCGAGGAAUUAUUUAUAUCCGGUCUUAUAUAUGAUUAUUUGACGAAGAAGGAUGCGUCGUUGGCGAAGGUCUUUCAGAAGAAGACGAAAGCGCCUGGUCUAUCAAAAGGAUGUCCGACAAUACUUGAAGUAUUUAGAUAUUUCCAAAAGAACUCCUCUAAAAAAGUCGCUGUAAUUGGACAGAAUAAGAAAAGUAGUUCGGAUUCGAGCUCAGAAAGCGAGGAAGAAACACAGAAAAAUAUUGCACAAGUCAAUGGCAAUAAAUCAAUGACUAAAACAGUUCCACUUAAAACAGUAGCAGAUUCUUCUGAAGACGACUCUUCCAGUGAAGAUGAAACACCAGCACAAAAAGUAUUAAAUAAAGCAAAGGCAAACAUCAAGACACCUCUUGUACAGAAAGAAGAAAGCUCUGAAGAAAGUUCUGAUGAGGAGAAAACUUCGAUAGUUCAAACAAAAACAAACAAAAAACAAUCUACUUCUGUAAAGGCAGAUUUAAAAGAGGUCCAACGCGAUAAAAAUAAACAAUCUAAAGGUAAACUAGUACAACCAUCAACACCCAUUCUUAAAGAACAAGAACUCUGCGAUCAAUCAUCAUCUAGUAAUUCGGAGGAAAACGAAAAAGUAGCUUCCAAGCAGCCAGCUAAGGCAAAACAAACUGUAAAUCAAAAGAUACAAAAUCAGAAUAAAUUGACACCAGCAAAGGCAGCUACAAAACCAGAAUCUUCAUCGAGUGAGGACAGUAGCGAUGAAAAGGAAUCUGUGCCGAUAAAAACAGCUCUCAGUAAACCAGCAAAACUGGCACUUGCUAAGAAAGAGUCUUCAAGCGAUGAUAGCAGCGAAGAAGAACAACCUGCUAAAAAACCAGCAUUGGUAACUGCUGCUAAAAAGAAAGAAUCUUCAAGUGAAGAGAGCAGCGAGGACGAAGCUACACCAAAAGCAGCUAUUCCUCUAAAAGUGCAAAAGCCAUCUCUUAUUCCCAGUAAAACAUCUACAUCAAAGACAGGUGUAGCUCCGAAAUCACAGCCGCAAAAACAGAAUAAACCAGCAUUAACAAAAGUUCAACCAGAAUCAUCGAGCGAGGAUAGUGAUGAGGAAGAGCCUGUGACAAAAAAACCAGCUCUCGGUAAACAAACAGCACCAACAAAACCAGUUACCAAAGAGGAAUCUUCAAGCGAAGACAGUAGCGAGGAAGAGCAACCUGCUAAAAAACCAACUCCAAUAGCUGUCGUUAAGAAGAAAUCCUCAAGUGAAGAGAGCAGCGAAGAUGAAACUCCCAUCAAGAAACCAGCUCUCGUUAAACAGAAUACUACUAACAAAAUUGAUUCUAUAAAGAAAAAAGAAUCAUCGAGUGAAGAUUCCGAUGAUGAUUCCGAUGAAAAGGAGAAAGCAGCGGUACAAAUACUCGCGAAACGAUCGGCCAUUAAAACAUCGAAGGAGAAAUCUUCUAGUGAAGAUUCAGACGACUCGGAAAACGAAACACCAGCUGCAAAACCUACAUUGGUAAAGGCGAGCACCAAAAAGGACUCGAGUGAUUCUGAUUCAGAUUCCAGUGAAGAAAAAGAAGAUGAAACAAAAGUUCAGACGGCAGCCAAACCACAAAAAAGGAAACAUUCAAACGAGGACGAGGAAAGAACGCCUGCAAAAUUAGCAAAAAAUAAUUAUGGCAACUUCGUGAAAGCUAACAAUAGUUUGAACGAAGAUAACAAGCCGACAAGAAAGCCCAUUUUUCAACGUGUAAGAAGCGAGGAGAUAGAAUUGGAUCCUAAAUUGGCUAACAAUUCCUUCGAAGCAAAGAAAGGUGCACGCGGAUCAUGGGGAGAACGAGCUAAUGAAGUAUUGAAAUAUACAAAGGGCAAGUCAUUCCGACAUGAAAAGCAGAAGAAGAAACGCGGUAGUUACCGUGGCGGACGUAUAGAUACACAUGUUAAUUCCAUUAAAUUCGAGGAUUAAACAAUUAUACAUCCACAUUUCGUAAUUCUUUUACUAUCAUAUUUAGCUCCAUAAGAUGAUAAAUAAAUACUCUUAUAUCGUAAACGUUUGUACCGAGAUAUUAUAUAAGACAGCUGUUUUGCAAAUUUUAGAGAAAAAUUCUGAAAUAAUAUAACAAAUUUGGUUGGAUACUUAUUAUAUAUAUAUAUAUAUAUAUAAAGAGAAAGAAUUGUACACAAAAAAUGCUACGCUAUACAUAUUGUCCUAAAAUUGCACUAUUUGCACAAUAUAUAAAUAAAUUCACAUUGAGUUGAUGUAGUUCAAAUUGACAUAAUAAAUACUAAAAUAUAUAUUGUAUUUCAUCAGUCCAAAAGUUUGUUAUAUAUUCUUGCAUUCAGAUAAUUUUGUAUACAGCAGUCUUUAGUCUAUUGUUACAUAUUCAACCGAAUUUUUCGGAAAAAUUGCGUAAUUGAUCACGUUUUAUUACUGUGUAGUAUAUAUUUAACAAAGUUGCAUAUUCAAUAUUCUCGCGAUUGCUGAUAUUCGUAAAAUACUUUUGUGUACUAUAUCAUUUAAAAACCUGACUUUAAUGACAAAAAGCUAAUUUGCAUAAAACUAACAAUACCGCGAGAAUAUAUUUUUUAAUGUAAGAUAAAAUAAAUAGUUCCGGUGGCAAUAGAUUUUUAAGAAUUUUAAUGCUUAUUUUCUACACAGUGAAUCAAAGUAUAAAUAUUACUCAGUAUUACUUAUCCGUUUUUUAUUCAUAUCAAAAAAUAUGAAAAAAAUUUAUUGAUUAUUAAAACGCAGACUAUAGAUUUACUUGGUGUCCUUUGAGAUUUAGCUCGAGGUACAAUUUGUGCUAUGAACAUAAGAAGUAGUCUGUGAUUUAUGAUACACAAAGAUAUCAAUAAAUUUUAAUAUUGUUAUUCAAUUUAUUAGUUGUUAAUGAUAUUUUAAAAAAGUAAAUUCUUUAAGCAAUA